CUUUCUUUCCGUUCUGCAGUUGUGGUCAUGUGUGCAUCGGGAGACUCCAUCCGCAAAAUCAUGCUAGCUGCCCACGAGCUGGGCAUGACCAACGGGGAGUACGCCUUCUUCAACAUCUUCCUCUUCGACAGCAAGUACUUCGGGGACGUCAGCUGGGAGCGUGGUGACAAGAAUGACGCUGCUGCCAAGGAGGCUUACCGAUCCCUGAUGACCUUCACCUUGCGUAAGCCAGAGACGCCUCAGUUUAAAGCCUUCGCCACCCAGGUCAAGGAGCGGGCUUUGAAGCAGUACAACUUCAGCUUUGAUGCACUUGGAGAAGAGGUCAACACCUUUGUUGGGGCCUUUCACGAUGCCGUCAUCCUAUACGCCUUGGCACUGAACGAGACCCUGGAAGCUGGUGAGAACCCUCGCGACGGACAGGCGCUUACUCACCGGAUGUGGAACAGGACUUUCGAAGGAAUCAUGGGCAAUGUUACAAUUGACGCCAAUGGGGAUAGAGAAGCCGAUUACUCACUCCUUGAAAUGACCGACAUCGAAAACGGCGUAUUCACGGUCGCUGGCUAUUACGAUGGGGUAGCUAAAAAGUACACACCUGUCCCGGGCGUGGUUAUCGAUUGGCCCGGGCCGACCCCGCCCAAAGAUGUACCAGACUGUGGCUUCAAGGGAGAAUUCUGCAUCGAAGAGGAGGACAAUAACCCUACAGUCAUGAUCAUGAUGAUAACAAUGGCAGUAGUAGUCGUCUUGGCUGUGAUAAUCAUUAUCUAUGUUGUCAGAAAGUACAGACUAGAAAUGGAGUUGGCCAACAUGGUUUGGAAGAUCAAGUGGGAAGACAUCACCUUUAACAACAAGAUGGACAAACAGCGGAAACUUACGGGCAGCCGGCUGAGCCUUGGUUCGGGUGAGUCUGGACAAAGCGUAUGGGGAGGAAAUCAACAAAUCUUUACAGUUACUGGUUACUACAAGGGAAACAUCAUAGCAAUCAAGAAGGUCAACAGAAUCCGAGUGGAGCUGACACGAAACGUUCUGAUUGACUUCAAGCAUAUGCGGGACAUUUCUCACGAUCACGUGACGAAGUUUAUCGGUGCCUGCAUCGACCCACCAAACAUCAGCGUGAUGACUGAGUACUGCCCCAAGGGCAGUUUGCAGGAUAUUUUGGAAAAUGACUCCAUCGAGUUGGAUGACAUGUUCAAGUAUUCCCUAUUGUAUGACAUAGUCAAGGGCAUGUAUUAUCUCCACAACAGCGUGAUACAAACACAUGGGAACCUCAAGUCCUCGAAUUGUGUGGUCGACAAUCGCUUUGUGGUCAAGAUCACCGAUUUUGGGCUGCACUCCUUCCGUGAACCGGACCACCCGUUUGAGCCUGACGAGGACGAUUCUUUCCAGUAUUAUCAGAAGAGGUUAUGGGGGGCACCGGAGCUGCUACGUCUGCCCGAGAUGCCCCUAGGGGGUACCCAAAAAGCUGAUGUCUACAGCUUCGGUGUCAUCGUGCAAGAGGUCAUAUACAGAGAGAGCGUCUUCUAUGUGGCCAAUGUGGAUCUGUCGCCCAAAGAAAUCAUACACAAGGUGAAGCAGGGCAACAAGCCACCGUUCAGACCUACCCUGGACCGGUCCACCUGUCCGGACGAGAUAUGCAAUUUAUGCAACCGCUGCUGGGCAGAGGAGCCCACCGAGAGACCGGACUUCAGCCAGCUCAGAAUCAUCAUGAGGAAGCUCAACAAACAAAAUGAAGGCCGUAGCCUGGUGGACAAUCUCUUGUCUCGCAUGGAGCAGUACGCUACCAAUCUGGAGGCGCUCGUGCAAGAGCGAACUGAGGCGUUCUACGAGGAGAAACGGAAAGCGGAGGAGCUCUUGUAUCAAAUCCUGCCCAGGGCGGUGGCUGAAGAGCUCAAGAAGGGCAAACCGGUGACUGCUGAGACUUUCGAGUGUGUCACUAUUUACUUUAGUGACAUUGUGGGCUUCACAAGUCUCUCAUCAGAAAGCACCCCACUCCAGGUUGUAGAUUUACUGAACGACCUCUACACGUGCUUCGAUUCCAUCGUCAACAACUAUGACGUAUACAAGGUUGAGACAAUAGGCGACGCUUACAUGGUAGCAUCAGGCCUACCCGUCCGGAACGGAGACUUCCACGCCCGUGAGGUAGCUAGGAUGUCACUAGCCUUACUGGGCGCCAUCAAAACCUUCAAGAUUAGGCAUAAGCCAGACAGGACACUCAAGCUCCGUAUCGGCUUACAUUCAGGCCCAGUAGUAGCAGGUGUCGUGGGAUUGAAGAUGCCUCGCUACUGCCUCUUUGGUGACACAGUCAACACAGCAUCCAGAAUGGAGUCCAAUGGCGAAGCUAUGAAGAUCCAUAUCAGUAAUUCAAUCAAGAAGAUUUUGGACCUAUUUGGCACAUUCGUGGUCGAGCUCAGAGGGGAAGUUGAAAUGAAGGGGAAGGGCAAGCAGACAACGCACUGGCUAAUGGGAGAGCUAAAGGACAAGAACGGACUGUGCGAUUUCAAGUACCAGGAGAUCUCUGUGUAGAGUUGUAGAAUUGAGUUCGCGUUUUGUAUGAAGCCCAGCGGUGUACACGCGAGAAUAACAAAUGCAUAAUAUGCCUUCCCUUGUGUUUUUUUGUUCACAAAUGCUGUCACCAAUAACCAGGACAGACUAACUGACGGACGGGUACGACUGACGUACGGUACUGACGCGAUGGUGGAAAGGAUCGUCUCUCUCGCUGAUUUAAAUUCGUGAUGUGAUAGAGGACAAAGACUGAUAACGAACAAUCCAAUGAACAAUUCACCUCGACUGGACAGAUCGACUUCAAAUUCUAACCAUAUCAUACAAGACAACUACUCAAGCAUUCACGACUUGGGUCGACGCAACAUGGACUCAAAAUGACGUGAUUAACUAAAACGGGCGAACAAGGAAAACACUAAGUAAGGUGAACGUGACGACAGACAAACGAACGGACCACGAAACUGAAUAUGAUUGGACAAAGACGCAAAACCACAUUCAGGGCUUCCUAUUAGUCAGAUGACGUCGUCAUGGUACAAAAUGUGACCUUCAAAAACAAAGACACUUGACGGACAAACAGAAAUAACGACAGACACAACGAUAUGCAGACAGACUACGCACCUGGGACAGAUAUUGUUCGACUAUCAUAUUCGACAGUCUUUUUUUGUGGAUGGAAAUACAGCCAGAGUGUAUAGAUAUUGUGACGUCACAUAAUCUUCCUGAAGAAAACAUAUACAAGAUACCAAAUCUGCGAUAUGAAACAGAUAAGUGACUGACGAAAGUGACCAACAAACGGACGUCAAACGGCAAGUGAACAAACGAACGUGGGACAGUGACAGACCUGGGAUACGAACCCGAUGGUUGACAAAUAUUACUAUCAGAAUGAGAAUCGAUUUCAAUUUGGUAUCGUUUCGCAAUUCCGUCAAAAGGCGAUCAAUACGCAAAAAAGGGGAUAAGAAUCGAUAUUUUCUGACUUUUGCUUCAAUUCUGAAUUUAUGAUAUAAAUGCUCAAAAUAUAUUUAUUGUUGUUUUUUUCUCAAGUCGAUUAUAUAAUGUCAGAAUGCUGCAUCUUAAAAAAGCAAUGGGAGGGGAAGAAAUCAGUUACGAAUGGAACGCAGAUCUGUUCUUCCCACAGUGUCAGCUUGGACUAUUAUGAGAAGCGAUGCAGCAUAUGCCAUUGUUCAUUCAACUUAUUUUCUUAGUGUUGAUUGAAAGCAACGUAUACUUCAGUCUGUUUCCAGAUAUCGGUGUAUACCAUUAGGGCUGGGUCAUAGACAAUUGUCUAAAUUUCUUCUUGCGAACAGGAUGACCGUAGAUGGCUGUACAUAAAAACUUGCUGUAUGACUAUGGCUGGACUUCAAGUACAUUUUUGAAUUCUUUCAAAGUCACUAAAAUAAUUACCGGUAACGACCCGACCGGACCGGUCGGAGUUUUUUAAACUAGAUAAUAUGCUGUUAUUGUGUAUUUAUUUGUAUUUUGUAAUAUUUGAACCUACUGACAGUUGACGGUAAAAUAGUAUUUCUAGAAAAUGGGAAAAAGACGUCAGUUGAAUUGUACCCUGAAUCUUCCAAAGGUUGUUUCGUUUAAGAAAAAAAAAUGCUCGACAAAAUUCUGUGAUCUAUCCUGUGUAAGUGUUUAUCCUGGUUACCAGUUAAAGCUGUGGGACCAAUUUGUGGGAAGUACCAGUAAAGAGGUUAUUUUAAGCCACUUUCACUUUCCAAUUUGUCAUUUUAAAUGUGUUAAAAAAAAUGGUACCAUCUUAUUAAAAUUCCCUGUCAAUAAUUUUAAAAAAAAAUUCAAUCUGGUUAUCUAAUUACACACUACGGCAUGCAGCUUCAUUCUUUCAAUACCUGUACGACUAUGAAAGAAACAAAAAAUGUAAAGCAAAAGUAUUUUUCCCCACAAUUUUGUGUCUUUGUUUCAAUAGAGGUUGUUUUUCUUGUUUUUAAAACAUAGGUAGCACUGUAGUUUGCGAUCACAUUAACUUCUCUCAUCCAAAUGCAGAUAAUGUAAAUUUAGAACAUCUAAAUCUCUGUAUGGUUUGGUAGAGACUAUUGUUUAUUUUUAAGUGGUUAUGAUAAUUCGGCGUUAAGUCUGUAAUAUAGUAAUUAACAAUAAUGUAAAUACAGAGGUGGCGUUUUAAGUGAGAUCACAAAUUGCUGAUGUUAUAUGACGUUUGGGUGCAAGAUAGAUAUACACUAGUGACCAGACUGUGUUUGAAGUAUUCUGGUAUUGGGGAAGUGGCAAUGUUAAUUGUGAUUAAUAUGAUUGUAUUAUAAUAUGGGUCUUUUCUUCUUCUUUUUCUUUGUAAUUCUGAUAUCGGCGAAUUAGAAUGAAUAAGACUACGUCAUAGUUCCAAUCUUAGGGCAAGUUCGUAAUUGUCUUCUGUUUUCUUUUAAAAUUCCUAGUAGAUCGAAAGGUCCAUUUGUUUAACCUAAAACAAAACAAUGGAUUUUGUUGUGUUUUUAUUUGAAGAGCAAAUUUCGUAGUCUUUGUUUCCAGUUGUUUAUCCCUACACCAAUUAAAAGUAGACUUGUGCACCUGAGCAGUUUGUUUCCAGCUUCUUUAUUAUUUUUUUUAACUCGUUAAGAUAUCAAUUUCAGGGGUUUCUCAAUUUACGUGUUUUACUUUUUAUACCUUUGUAAAAAAAAAUGGAUUAAUAUAAUUAUGUAAUAUUUACUCUUCUGUAAUUCAGUUAUUCGUUAUUGUUGUCAUUUUGGGUUUUUAUUUUAAAUCUGGUCCCUAAAAUACUACUGUAAGAUAUGAACUGCAUUUCUUUUUUAAUUUACCCAGUAUCUUUCGCGUUGAAUAUGUUUGAUUCGGUGUUGAUUUAUUAUUUUGGUAUUAAUCUGGUCCAGACUUGACAUAAUGCGUGACGUCUGACACUUGAGGGUAGUCUAUAAACAAAGUAAAGGAUCUCUCACAACAGGUCCCGACACCAGGCUUUUCGUUUAAUUAUUUCAGCCGUAAGAUCAUUUGUAGAUUUACGUAAUAAUGCGUUUAACUGAAGUGUUUUUAUAGAAAGGUGAUUAAAAAAAAUACUUCGGAGAUUGCAAUAUUCUGACAAUGUAGAUAAGUGGUGGGCUGAAUUCAGUUUAUCAACUUGGUAUUGAGUGAUUUUUCGUGUACAAAAUAUUGAAAGUACUUCAUUAAGAAAAUGUAGCAUGCGUGGCGGAUGGCGUAUGUGCAUUGGGAUAAUCUUUGUGAAUUGUAUAUAUGUCUAAUGGUACAGUCAACUUGAAAACGUAAAUGUUUAAGUCAUAUUGAUUAAUUCUGUAUAAUCAUUGUCGACAUUUUCAUUUUGAAAAGGGAUCAACUAAACGUCAACAGAUUCCUCCAUUUCUUCACGGGGGUGUGAAGACACCCCCCUUUUUCUGACUCGCCACUGCUUUUGUCCGAUUCCAUUGUUAAAGAGACUCUAGAAUAGGAAUAAUGAUUAGUGACUCACGGCUUGUUUAGCCUUGGUGGAUUUAGAUUCGUUCAUUGUGGUGCUAAAACAUUGUGAAUACUGCUUGUGUUUUUUCUUCGGUUUUGACCAACGCAGUGUUAAAAGCAAACCGAUCUAUGGCGAGGUUGACGUGUCCAAAGUGGCUCCAGUUGGUUUGAACUGGUUUGAACCGCCUUUAGCCAGACACGGCCGGAUACGGCCCCCUUUUUGUAACUGGACGUACUAGACCUAAGUGUACAAAUACAAAAACCUACCGUUGUGUAUAGUUUGCUAUAAUAGACAAAAAAACGUGUGUAGAUUGAACAAGUCCGACUGACACUGUACAUAGUAUAAUACCUUUAUCAUAUUAUUCAAGCUAGCUUCGCUUUAAUAGUCGCUAUCCUGGUGACGUUAUUGUUAAAGCGAGGUAUUAACAUGUCGGUUUUUUUGUAAGAAAACAAAAAAAAGAAAAAAAGCAGAAUGUAGUUUGGAUCGUUUACACUUCCGGGUCAUGUAAACUGUGUAGAAAACUUUUAAAGAAUUUCAUUGAUCUUUACAUACUCUAGAAGUAAUUGGUUUGAAGUAUGUAGAUUAGGAUGAGGACUUUCAAACACAAAUAUUCACCUGUUAAAAUGAACAAAGGUAGCAUUGCGAUUCAAGAGUUAGUUAGGUCAUGGAGAACAUGUUGAGAAUAAUCAUACGCGAGUAUACUUCAUUAGGUAUUGUGGAGUGAAAACCAGAUUUUCAAAGAAAAGUUGAACCUUUGUUAACCCACUCUUUUUAUGAGUCCCUAAAACUUAACUGUGUUUGUAAACAUCAAACACCUGACCACUUUCUCACGUUGAGAGUCUGAAUGACUGCUCUAGUCAUUUGUGUACUGGGCUGCAAUGAAUUAAUUCUUGGUAGUGGAGUUGGUGUAGUGGUUUUCCCCUACCUUCCACCUCGGAUGACCCAAAUCUGUUCCUUCAUGAGACAGUUUCUUCAUCUGUGUUUGUCCAGUUCCCUACUUAAACUGCGUGCUUGGGUUUUACCCUGACCAUGUUCUAUGGCGAUUCUCCUCCGCUGCGUAUGUUUAAACUGAAAUUUCAUAUCUCAGUAUACAUCUAUAUACUUUAUGUGAUUGAUUGAAUGCUCGCGCUGCAGAAUAAAGUAUGAAUGGAACCUAUGGUUUUUCUUCUUUAAAAGGGCAGUAUUAUGAAUGUUAGGUGUGUAUUUCAUAUAAUUUUCUGAAUGACCUAAAAUGCUUGGGAUGAUUUUAAAACUGUCUUAUAACUAAUUAGAUAAUUACUAAUGUGUAUUCAUAAAAUCAUGUGUUAUGUUGGUAAUAAAUACAACGGUCCAGGUAAAGUCGGAAAACAA